GAUAAAACACUGUACGAUAAGAUACCGGCCAGUCAGCCAUUUUGUUCCUAAUUCAGGAAAAAAUUCCCUUUCUGCCUCAUACACUGUGUUCAAGUGAUUUGUGUUACAAGAAAAAGUGGUGAAAAGUGUAAAAUAUACGUACAUAUUUAAUGCGUAGUGCUAUUUAAGAUACUUAUUGGAAAUGGCGCAACGAGUCAUUUUCGUUUUUAUUCUGGCUUUUGUUUUUAUCGGAAUCAACUGUGAAAACGCAACAGAAGCGCCAAAAUCUGAUGAUACGACAUGGAAGCAGACUGGAAUUUGUAGGAAAUGUAUAUGCAAAGAUGAUAAAGUAAAUUGCUUCGAUCAAGGCAUCGCAGAAUUUUUCAAGAAGGAAGAAUGGGCCAAUUUGAAACCUAUGAAACCAGCAACGAUAGACUUAAGCGAGAAUUUGAUCAGAAACGUCACAGCCGUAGCAGAACUGCCGGUCAAAGUGCUGAACCUGUCUCGAUGCUCCAUCGAGCUCAUAGAGACGGCGAGCUUCAGGGACUUGCAGCAGAUGCAAGUUUUAGAUCUGAGUCACAACAAGCUUACCACUGCCAACCUGAGUCCACAUGCUUUUGAGGGUCGCUACGCACCGGAAGAGUACGAACCUCUUGCCUCCAUGCGCACUCUCAACCUAGCAUACAACGACCUCCACUCGCUCCACCAGGACCUCUUCGAGCACUUGCCUGAGUUAAGUGAGCUCGACCUGAGCGGCAACCCUCUGACCACGAUCGACCAAGUCACUGCCAUCGCUAUAUCCAGUCUGCCAAUGCUAAAGGUCCUUCGCCUACGAUCUUGUGGGUUCUCAGACAUCCCGGACAGAUUCCUCCACACCCCCCGGUACCUGGAGCGCCUGGACAUCAGCGACAACAAGCUGACUUCCGUCCCCCAGGAGUUGGUGGAGGCGAAGAACCUGGUUUACUUGAACUUAAAUCAGAAUCCUAUUAGAGAAUUGGACGGGAGCUCUGAAGAUUAUCCAGGUUUCCCCCGUCUCCGCAAGCUGCAAGAGCUGCAUAUGUGCAACAUGAAGCAGCUGACUCGCGUCGGGCCGGGGGCGCUGGCCGGCCUGCAGAACCUGCAGAGACUGCACUUGAGCUUCAACCCAAAGCUUCACACCAUCGACCCCAAGGCUCUGGCCAGGCCUGAUGAUAUAGGAGAGACCUUCGACUGGCCCUUGGUUAAAGAGCUCUACCUUCAAUCCAACAACCUGUCAGAGAUCGACUCUCGAUUCCUCUCACGCUGGGACCUGCUGGAAGCGGUCGAUGUCUCGAACAACCCUUUCCUCUGCGACUGCUCGACCCAGUGGAUGGUCAGUACGUUGGUGGAGUACGUGGAACACAAGGUCGUCAAUGCGUCAGAGAAUAUGGUAUGUGCGGAGCCAAUAGAGAUGAAAGGUUACACGAUGAAACAUUUGCACGACAUCCACCGCACGAUGCGCUGUGUCGACAAGUACGGCAACAGGCCUGAGAAGGAUGGGGCUAUACUGCUCGGAACACUUAUUGGCGUCCUGUUGGCGGUGCCGAUCAUGUUCACCCUGAUGCUGCUGUGGCGCCAUGGCUACUUCGCGUGGCUGGGGCUGCGCGGCCCCGUCGACGUGUCCCGCGCCUUCUACAAACGCGCGCCCAGCACCGACAAUUAUAUAUAGAUAAUUAUUAUUGUCUAUAUUAUACAACUAAUUUAUGUAAUAACUAAUAAGUGUACUUAGGUUGUAAUUUAUUUGUAAAAUAAAGUUUGUGAAAAUGUU